AUGACCCUAUGGAGCCUCCCGGAUGGGCAUGGGCUAUGGCCAUUCUUGAGGUGGGAUCUCUCUAGGCGAGAAAAGUCCGUUACGCGACACCAGAUGUCGAAGUCAAAGUCAUGGCCGCCAUGCUGCGUGGACGACAGGCCCGGAACAAAGACAGAAACACCCGACUUUGUCCCCUCCCACGCCUCCCUCGCUUCGCUAAACCAACCUCCAACCCACACAUUUUUGGUGGUUGUUCCCACUUUAGCCGUCUUUGAGCCUCCAUCAGUGGCCCAAAACAAAACAACCACGCCGACACCCUGGUUCUUUCAAGUCAGUUCCUCAAUGUCUACACCGGGUACCCCGGCCGAAGACUCGGGUCCAUCGCGCAAUUCAAGUCCCGUUCGGUGA